CGUUCAGUGAUGAACAGUCCAUUUCGGUUUGGUUUUCGCUAGCUUGCUUGAAUGUUUGAGUUGCCACAGAAAACCAUCUUAUCGCGCAUUCCUGGUUAACCGAGCCAAAGGAAAACAMAAUUCUGUGCUCAGUCAGAGGUCGAAAACAUGGCCGAUGGUGGGCAUGGUUUCAGCUCAAAGAACWUGGGCCUUCGUGCACAGAAGAAGAUUCUUGGCAAAAUGGCAGGCAAAAACAUAGCAAAAGCAUUCGUUGACGACACAACAGGUGAACUACUSGAUAAUCUGUAUCGCAUCGCCAAGCUCAAUGGUUCAUCGAAGAAAGAUGCUGAGAAACUCAUCAAAAAUCUGGUGAAAAUAGUUGUAAAGAUCAGCAUUUUAUUCCGGAACGAUCAAUUCARYAAGGAGGAAAUCAUGCUUGCAGAAAAAUUUAGGAAAUCCUUCAGGUCUGCAGCAAUGACUUUUAUUAGUUUUUAUGAGGUUGACUUYUCGUUCGAUCGUCAAUUUUUAUGCAAAGGUCUUCAAGACUGUCAAGGAAUACUACAUCAACUGGUCCAAAGCCAUUUGACGCCGAAAUCACACGGKAGAAUCGAUCAUGUUUUUAACUAUUUUGGCGAUGGGGACUUGUUAGAACGUGUAUUUGAACCGGCGGGGCCGUUUCGAGGAAUACUCAAGAACAUGGUCGAUGGACUGAAUAAACUUAUGGAGGAUGGUAGCUUGUAAACAAUGCUGUUAACUGCUGUGCAAAUUAUAUUCUAGAAAGCAGAGAUCAGAGUGAAGUAUGGUGAUUUGUAAUGGUUUUUCAAGCAAAAGCACACUUCAAGGGGUGGGAUGUCAAAAUAUUUUCCUCARAAUGUCCAUUUCAUCUUUGCUGUGCACAAACAAAGAUUAUUCUCUUUUGAUCAAGGAAUUAGCGUGUAUAUCUUUUCUUAAAUCCUCUGUACAAAUAUCGAAAUAACUGUUCUUUAUGGCUAAAUCUAAGAGUGCUUCAUACUGGAGUCUUAAUUCUGAGAUAACUAUAGCUUUUAGGUAUCUGUUUACAACCCAUUUAGUCAAAUCCUGUUCAAUUCCCUUAAAUAUGUCGUUACAUUAAUAAGGGAUUUUAAGCUAAGUUAUUCAUUUAGAAGAAAUAGACCGAAGUUUACAUUUAAAAAUUAGGAAAUUUGUUCAAAAAUUGAAAUUUGUUAUGAUGCUUGUUGUGUUGUAACAGCUGCCUACAAUAGUGAAAUCCAUAUCACUUUUAUUUUGCAAGGCAAUGCUGAAUCACUGACAAUAGGUUAUGGCAUAUUUAACCAUCAAUGUUACAAGUCCUUAAUGGCUUGUCCUAAAGCAUCAACAUAAUACUCAAAAUUAACACAAGUGUAUUAUUUUCAAAAUCAGUAUUUUGGAUAUUUUGUUAUGAUGCAAAGCUUCAACUUCCAUUGCAAUAUCACGAUAAAUUGUCAUUUCAAAGUGUCUGGGAUGUGCUUAAACUUCAUCUGAAGUGAUAAAUCAUGUCCAUGACAAUAUUCAGUAUCUAAGGAAAAUUUCGUGGCUAGAAUCCAUUAUGCAUAAUGUACUUGACCAUAUCUUGAUUUCUUUAAUGUUGACAUCUAGAUAAAAAGGUUAAGAAUGUUUUCUCUUCAUAAAGUGGGCAAAAAGUUUACAGUUCAAGAGCGAACACCCACCAUUGAUCCAAUUUUGUUUAUUGAAGCUUAUUGUAAAAUACUUUAUGGAUGACAUAUGAUGUUAAUAUUAUUAUGAAAGAGUUUUCUUGAGAAGUAUGAAAUAUUGAUUAUUCAGUUACAGAGAAAAUUUUAAAGUCUAAAAUUAUCUUUCAUUUUUACAUAGAAAUCAAAUCUUAAUUUAUUGUGAGUAAUUUGUUCAAUCAACCUGAUUAAAAACUAUAUGCAAUA